AUGGAAAGCCUUAUUAAGGAUUUAAAUAAACAAAAAGAAACUAAAAAGGAAAGAGUGAUUUUACCCUGUAAAGAGUUAAGUCUACCUAAGGCACUUACUGAACAUAAACAUGGAACAACUACUCUUUCAAUGAUUAUUAAAGAAGGAAUUAUUGUUGCUGUUGAUUCAAGAGCCACUCGUGGUGCUUUUAUUUCAUCUGGUAGUGUACAAAAAUAUAUUCCUAUUACUAGUCAUAUAAUUGGUACAAUGGCAGGAGGUGCAGCAGAUUGUGCAUAUUGGGAACGAGAAUUAACAAGACAAUGCCGAUUAUUUGAGUUAAGAAAUAAACCACCAAUUAGUGUUGCAGCAGCAUCAAAGAUGUUAGCAAAUAUAUUGUAUCAAUAUCGUAAUUAUAAUUUAAGUGUUGGAUCAAUGAUUUGUGGAUAUGAUAAAACAGGACCUCACAUUUUUUAUGUAGAAGAUGGAGGAGUUAGAAUCCCAGGACAUUUGUUUUCUGUUGGAAGUGGAUCACCAUAUGCUGUAUCUCUUAUUGAUUCUGAAUAUGAUUAUAAUAUGCCAAAAGAAAAAGCUAUUGAGUUAGCACGUCGAGCAAUUUUUCAUGCUACACAUCGUGAUGUUGCAUCAGGAGGAAAUGUAAAUGUAAUCUUCAUAGAUAAAGAUGGAUGGAGAUUAAUAUCAAGAAAUGAUUGUUAUGAUUUAUAUUAUGAUCAUUACAAUAUAGAAGAAUAUCAAAAGCAUGGACAAAUGGAAGAAGAUUAAUUUAAAGUAAUUUAAUAC